AUGUCGAAUGAUAGCAAGCCUCGCGUCGUCGUUGCAGGCGGCACUGGCGUGACCGGCCUCAGCAUCGUGGACGGGCUUCUGCGCUCUGGCAACUAUCGCGUCGCCGUCAUCGUGCGCUCUCUGAACAAGCCUGUCGUGCAAGACCUGAAGAACCGCGGCGUCGAGAUCCUCGUCUGCGCCGAUUACAACAAGGCGACACACGCCGAGCUCGUGCAGCUGCUCGCCGGAACCGACGUACUGAUUGCCACUGUCCACGCGUUUGUGCUGGAUGCACAGCGUCCUCUAUUUGCUGCCGCGAAGGAGGCCGGCGUCAAGCGCGUCGUCCCGGAUGACUUCAGUGCGCACACUCCGCCCGGCGUCAUGCUCAUGGCCGACAAGAAACACGCCAUCCGUGACUACGUCCGCGAGCUUGGUAUCGGCUACACGUUCAUCGAGGUCGGCUUCUGGUAUGAGUUCGUGCUCCCCUUCCCGCCCAGCUACGCCGGCCACCCCUACGCCGACCUCAGCCACGACUUCAAAGGGCCCGGCAACGUCCUCCUCGCGGUGACCGCGUCGCAAUCCAUCGGCGACUUCGUCGCGCGCAUUAUCAGCGACCCUCGCACGCUCAACCACACCGUCUUCGUCUGGGAGGACCAAGUCACCGAAGAAAUGCGGCGACCCCGAGGGCCUGCGGCGCAUCACCCGCAAGAUCUCGGCAGAGGAGAUCCAGGCGAACAUCGACGCGGGCAUCGCGGGCGGGAGGCGACGGCGGGCGUGCGCGCUCUGAACGAGUACAAUCGGUCGCUGUAUGUACGAGGGGACAAUACGGUCGAGAAUGCGGUAAAGGACGGGGCCCUGAACGCGAAGGAGCUGUACCCGGAUAUGUAUCCGAGGAAGAGCAUCGCCGAGUUUGCGGAGACGUGGUACCCGAACCCGCCGUACCCGUACCCGGAGGAGUCGAUGGAGCAGUUCAAAACUCUCAAGCUCCCUGCGAAGAGCAAGGAUUAG